AUGCAGAACCGCAUGCACGAAUCUCUCAUGCUCUUCGACUCCAUCUGUAACAACAAAUUCUUCAUCGAUACCUCCAUCAUUCUCUUCCUCAACAAGAAAGACCUAUUUGCUGAGAAGAUCAAGAAGUCACCUCUGACCAUCUGCUUCCCUGAGUAUACAGGUCCCAACACCUACGAGGAUGCGGCCGCCUACAUCCAAGCACAAUUCGAGAGCAAAAACCGCUCCCCCAACAAGGAGAUUUACUGCCACAUGACGUGUGCCACAGACACGAACAACAUCCAGGUGGUUUUUGACGCCGUCACCGACAUCAUCAUUGCCAACAACCUGCGGGGCUGCGGCUUGUACUGACCCCGCGCGGCGCUCAGCGACUGCUUGGGUGGCGAUCCCGGCGCCAGGAGAGAAAAGAAACAUAACGGAAAAAAAAAAAAAAAAAAAACAACC